GUCAAGUGGAACUGGGCAGGCACUUCAACGGACCUGGUAUUCGGUUUCAGAGUUGAACUCGAAUGUAUGCCCAUAAAGAUUGAAGGUCAUUUUCCCAAGAAUAUCUCUCUCUCUCUCUGUAUUUUUUUUUUUUUUUUUUUGUUGGAUGAGCCCCAACAAUCUUUUCAAUGGGGACAAUAUCAACCCUGUCAUUCCUCAUCCUUAACUUACUCAUCAUCUUUCAUUUCUCAUUGAAAGCUGCAGCAAUCAGGAAGGAUAUUGGUUUCCAAGAGAAGGGCAUUUGUAGGAAUACGGUUCAAGGACGAUACUUAAUGUCCGACGACAAUGGUUAUGUUUGUGAUGCUUUAUCAGUUGAUCCAGAGUCUCGGUGUUGUCCUGAGUUGGGAGACAAAUUUUCUUGUCAGGGAUGCAACCUUCUUUCGCAGUGCUGCAAUUCGUACGAAUACUGCGUUUCAUGCUGCUUAAAUCCGUCAAAGACACUGCAGCAGCAUGUCAUAAAGGUGAAGAUUGCAAAACCAACUACUGCAGGAACUUAUGCAAGUGUUUUUGAUUUUUGUGCCGGAAGAUGUCGUCAUAAUUCUGAUAGUGUGGUUCACGAAAAUGCAUAUCUGAGUGAUUUUCAUCAUUGUUUUUCUAUGCCAUCGAAGUCUCAAGGGGCAAAUUCUACACAGGUAGAAGCCAGACUUAGUGGCAUUAAUAUUGUUGUUGGAAGACAAGGGGAGUCAUGCGAUUCAGUUUGCAAAUUGAAUGGACAAUCUUGUGUUCCAAAUAAGCUUUUGGUCCUUAAUCAAUGUGACAUCAUGCAGAAAUAUAUGAGAUGUAAAGGAGCUUGUUUGGCAAGUAUGGGAGCAGACCAGCCUGCUGAAGUUGCUGAUGAUGCUCCUAAACAUUUGAAUCCAGGAGCAUGUUUGUAUACCAGGACGCAGUCGAUGCUUUCUUGUGAUGGUUCACAUCAGCACACCAGGAGGCUAUGCCCUUGUGCGUAGUGCAUUUACUAGUUGAGUUGGAAUUCCCAUGACGAGGCCAAAAAGUGUUGAGAAGAGUUUGAACUUUGAAGUCUAGUGCAUCAAGUUUCAUUUUGCAAACCUUUAUUUAAGUAUCAUAUUUGAGGCUCUACAAUACAGAAAUCAUAAAGGUUUGAGUGCAACAGGGGAAAAAGGUUUCAAUUAUUAUUUUUUUCAUUGGCCCUUUUUGAACCCAUAAUUUCUAUUUUAGAAGGCUACCCAAGCAACCAAAAUUUUAUUUCAUCAAUGUUUUCGAGAGGGUUAGACUUAGAUGGAUAGAUAUGUCAAUGCCUUGAUUUGCCUCCUAGCGCUCUUCUUUGUAUUUUUUGUUCUCUGUACGCAUUGUAAAUUUUCUUGGCUAAUAAUAAUCUUUUCAAGUUGUUAAAUGCUACAUCGGAAAGCAUCC